CGCCUUUCCCAGGCUCCCCUGCGCAGCCCACCUUUCCGUCCUUGGCCCGGCAGCCAGCUCCUCUGCUCACGCUACCCGAACUGUCCGCCGCCGCCGCCGCCAUGCUGCCCAUCGCCCUGCUCCGCCGUUGCGGCCCCCGCCUGCUGCGCCAAGCCCGGGCCCCGGCCCCUCCGACCCGCGCCUACGCCGAGGCCGCCCCGGCCGCCGCCGCCGCCGCCCCGGGCCAGAUGUCCUUCACCUUCGCCUCCCCGACACAGGUAUAUUUCAAUGAGGCCAAUGUGAAGCAGGUAGACGUCCCAACCCAGAGUGGGGCCUUUGGGAUCCUUGCCGCCCACGUCCCCACCCUGCAGGUGUUGAAGCCCGGCGUGGUGACCGUGCACGCCGAGGAUGGCACCACCACCAAGUAUUUCGUGAGCAGCGGUUCUGUCACGGUCAAUGCUGAUUCCUCAGUGCAGCUGCUGGCAGAAGAAGCCGUGGCUCUGGACAUGCUGGACCUGGCGGUUGCCAAAUCCAACCUGGAAAAGGCACACUCAGAGCUGUCAGGAGUGUCAGACGAGGCUGGCCGGGCUGAGGUUCAGAUCCGGAUAGAGGCCAAUGAAGCGAUCGUUAAAGCCCUGGAAUCCUGAGCUGGGUAGGAGCUGAAGCCUUGGAGUUGUCUCGAGAUGUGAUUGGCCCGCUCCACAGCAGUCGCCCUGAGCUGAGGAGACCAGGAAGUACCGGGAAAGGAGGAGGAUGCCCACCCUAGCCCCCCCCCCUUCCUGCCUGUCCCCACCCCCAGAUUAAAAGCCACAAAGGUUCUGGACUUUGA